AACAACUUGCUUCCUUGCAAACAUUUUUUCUUCAGUGUUCUUAAACCCAGAAACCUCUUUACUAAAUCUACCACUGAAGCUUCAAUGGCGUGCUUCGUUUCCUUUAGCAUCUCAGUUCCUCUUUGUUCUCUUCAAAUCCCACUCAAGGAUAGAUAUCCAAGGAAAUCAGGUUUAUGCAGACUUCCAGGCCUACCAACCACCAAAACAGGUUCUUGUAGAUUGGGGACUGAGUCAGACAUUUUCAACCUGUGGUUAACUGUUAAUGAGCAUCCUAUUUUCCUCCCCCUUGGAGCUCAAACAAAGGCAUAUUUUCUGUCAGUGGUCAACAUCAUCCGACUAUACUGUCAAAGCAUUUUGAUGAAAUUGUUUCAUGUAGUUUGUAUGUAAGUUCUUGUACUCAUAUGGUAAUAACUGGUUAUUGGGUAGGACCAGAUAUUGAUGAUGGCUGGGGAUUUGUAGAAGCUUCUAUCGAUCAGAGUAGUUGAUUUUUUCCUCAAAAUUGCACAAUUGAUUUUUGCAUGCUCCUCUUGCUAGUUGGAAAAUGUCAAAAACAUUAGGUAUAGUACAGGGAUUACCAAUUUUUCCAUAUUGUUCUGAAGAAAACCUAUAUUCUAAAGAGAAAUUUCUUCACCCUUUCUGGAUGUUUCAGGACUACCCAGGAAAGACAUUGCUAAUUCAAAUGUUUACGAAAGGCUUGAUAUAUGCCCUUUUUUU